AUGGCGCCUUCGAUUAUCUCCACGCUCUCUUCCGUCCUGCUGCUCACCUCCUCGGUAUCCGCCACAAAGUCCUACCAGGUCGUCGACAGCUAUGACUCCACCAACUUCCUCGACAAGUUUGGUUUCUUCACGAGUGACCACUCGACCGGAAACUACAACGAUGUCGAUCCCACCGGCGGUUACGUUAGCUACAAGUCCGCUGCCGAGGCCCAGAGCAUGGGUCUCAUGAAAAUGAUCGGCCAGGACUUGUACCUCGGCAUGGACUCCAAAUCUGUCAUUGAUCCCAACGGUAUCGGGCGGAGCAGUGUCAGAAUCGAGAGCAAGACCAAGUACAAGCAGGGUCUCUUUGUCGCCAGCUUCUCUCACCUCCCCAAGCCCGUUUGCGGUGCUUGGCCUGCAUUCUGGACCGUCGGUAGCCCCUGGCCUUCAGGGGGCGAAAUCGAUAUUUACGAGACCUGGAACGAAGAUAAUGUCAACAAGGUGGUCUUACACACUGAUGAAAAGAUUGGCGAGUGUCGAGUCGACGGCAAGAACAUGACGGGAACUGUCAGCAAGCCCAACUGCGCCAACUUCGCUGCGGGCCAGGCUGACAACGAAGGUUGCGCCGGUCUGGAUCCCGCGGCCCCCUUCGGAUCUCCCGAGGGCGGUGUCUACGCCAUGGAGUGGACCGAUGACGCCGUCCGCGUCUGGGGCUUCACCCACGGCAACGUCCCCGCCGACUUGAGCAAGCCUGAGACCUUUGGCACCCCCAGCUUCUCCACCAGCACCUGCGCCGCCGACAAGCUCUUCGGCGAGGCCUCUCUCAUAAUCAAUUUGGACCUGUGCGGCGUAUCUGGCAACUCGGGCAUAUGGGAUGCCCCUGGAGGCUGCGCGGCCAAGACAGGAGGCGCCACUUGCAAGGAAUGGGUUGCCAAGAACCCUGCCGCCUUCGCCGACGUCUACUUCCAGCUCCAGUCCAUCAAGAUCUACAGCCUCAAGGAAAACGAGGCUGUCACUUCUGUGACCAGCCAGGUCGCUUCCACCGUUGCGUCUACCUCUGUUGCGGAGACCGCUGUUAGCUCUGUUCUGUCUUCCGGUAUCGCCUCCGAGAAGCCCGCCGAGACCGCUUCCGGUGCCGUUCCCACUGCUUCCGUCAUCGCUUCCGAGAAGCCGGCCGAGACCGCUUCCGGCGCCGUUCCCACUUCUGCCCCUACUUCAGUCAUCGCUUCCGAGCAGCCUGCUGAGACCCCUGCCGAGAGCCUGACAACUCGCUUGGCUACGUCCACUGUCUACGAAACCAGCAUCAAGACCAUCACGUCUUGCAAACCCGAAGUUACCAACUGCCCCGCCAGGCACACCCCCGUCGUCGUCACCGAGACCGUCGCCGUUUCCACAACCGUCUGCCCGGUCUUCGAUAUCUCGACCAAGUUGACCGUGUCCAAGACCGAGGUGGUCACCGUUACGUCUUGCGCCGGUGCUGGUACCGCCGACUGCGCCGCGAAGACCUCUACCAUCACCACGCACGAGGUCAUCCCCACCACGACUGCGAUUCCCGUCGAGAGCUACGUCCCGCCCAAGCCCACCGGCGGCAAGCCCGUCGGCGGCGUCACUACCGAGCUCAUCCCCGCGCCCACGACUGAGGGGCAGAAGCCGGCUCCCGCCACCACGGAUAUGCCCACCGUCCUGACGACCUACAAGACCAACAUCAUUACUGUCACGUCAUGUGCGCCAGAGGUUGUCAACUGCCCGGCCAGACUUUCCACCGUCGUGACCAGCCAGGUCAUUUCCACCACGAUCCCAGUCCCUGUCCCAGGCGUCCCUGCUACGCCCACCGAUGCUCCUCACAACCCUCCCGUUCCCGGCAGCGGCAAGCCCGCCACCACCCCCGGCGUUCCCGGCGUCGAGAACCCUACCGCUCCCGGCUCCGGCUCCGACUCCGGCAAGCCCUCCGCUCCUGUCGUCGGUGUUCCUCCCGUUGUUGCGCCUUCCGUGGGUGUUCCUACUGCUGGUGUCCCCCCCGCUGGACUCCCUACCGCUGGCGUGCCCCCGUCCCUCCCCACAACUCUAGUUGUCGCGCCUUCGUCGCCUUUCAACGGCACGCUUACCAGCGCCCGAACCCCUGUCGGGACCGGCUCUUCGUCUCCUUGCAUCGGCGCCGCGUGCCCAGCCACUACAACCGGCCCCGUCCUCGCCGGCGCUGGCAAGCUCGGCACCGGAUCGGUGCUGUUGGCCGCCGCGCUGGCAAUCUUCGUCAUGUAG